GGAUACCCCGACUCUUCCCGAUGAUGCAUGUAUCCCCUGCUCUUCAGAACACGGCAAAAGUCAGGACGAGCCGACUGGGGACAACACCAAUGACCCGCCGCAGAACCCAAUCAUAUCCUGCGCUGCCUCCUCAGCUAGUUGAUGUCAAGUCGAUCUUCUCUCCGCUUUCGCCGUUCGAGACUCGGAACGAAAUAUCCCGUCCCAGUCUUCCCUCACCAUGGGAUUACGCAUUCCGUUGCCACAUAUGUCCCUGCGAUUCUUACUGUCCACCGUCAGCCGGAUCCACGCAGGGGUGAUACCACCCGACACGCCAUCGCUCGCUGGAAUUCUGCACAAUCCCACAUGACCGCCGUUCUCGGAAGAGGGAGCCGAUACCAGUCAGGCUGCUUUCUUCGUCCUUCGAUCGAAGUGUUCUCAUCAACAACAUCACCCUCGUGCUCAUCCCCGUUUACAAAGUCAUCGCUCUUCGGCACGCAGUGCAUAUCGGGCCGUCAUGAUCAUCCAUCCCUUGCCGGGACUGAACGACAUUAUAGCAUCCAUCCCCUUGAUCGUUAACGGAUCCUACGAACUAUUGUCCCGACAAUCCCCGCCGCCAAGUCGCAUGUGUAAUGGCCCCAGCAUGGAAAUGUGCGGCGUCGUCAGGGACAUCCAUCUGCCCGCAAUGU